UUGAACCAGAAAAGUGCUGGAAGGAAGCGAAUUCCGACGACAUUCUGAAAUCAGGCUGUUCUCCUGGUUCCCGGGCGGCUUUGGCUGUCGGGCGAUGUAGACCUCUUGUUUGGCAUCUCCUGGCGGGAUCUUGUUUGGCAUCUCCUGGCGGGAUCUUGUUUGGCAUCUCCUGGCGGGAUCUUGUUUGGCAUCUCCUGGCGGGAUCUUGUUUAGCAUCUCCUGGCGGGAUGAUGUUGACCCGGCUGAAAGCACAAUCAGAGAGGAAGCUUGCAAAACAGAUUUGCAAAGUUGUAUUGGAUCAUUUUGAAAAGCAGUAUUCCAAAGAACUUGGAGAUGCCUGGAAUACAGUAAGGUAUGUACUCACAUCCCCAUCGUGCUGGCAACAUGCUGUCCUUCUUAACCGAUUCAAUUACCCUUUUGAACUGGAAAAGGAUUUACAUUUGAAGGGCUAUCACACACUCUUCCAAGGAUCUUUACCCUAUUAUCCUAAAUCAAUGAAGUGUUACCUGAGCAGAAUUCCCAGCAGGAUGCCUUCAGAAAGACACCAAAUUGGAAACCUAAAAAAAUACUAUCUCCUGAAUGCUGCCUCUCUUCUCCCAGUCCUGGCUCUGGAAUUAAGGGAUGGAGAGAAGGUUCUGGAUCUGUGUGCUGCUCCUGGGGGCAAGUCAGUGGCUCUGCUGCAGUGCGCUCAUCCAGGUUAUCUUCAUUGUAAUGAAUACGAUAGUCUGAGAUUGAAGUGGCUGAGGCAGACGUUAGAAUCUUUCAUCCCACAGCCUUUCGUAAAUGUAAUUAAAGUGUCUGAAUUGGAUGGCAGAGAAAUGGGGGAUGUCCAGCCUGAAACGUUUGACAAGGUGUUAGUCGAUGCUCCGUGUUCCAAUGAUCGAAGUUGGUUGUUCUCUUCUGAUUCUCAGAAGGCCGCCUGCAGGAUAAGCCAAAGGAGGAAUUUACCUGUACUACAGAUAGAACUUUUAAGGUCUGCAGUUAAAGCCUUACGUCCAGGAGGGUUACUUGUGUACUCUACAUGCACACUUUCCAAGGCAGAAAAUCAAGAUGUGAUCAGUGAAAUUUUAAACUCCUGCAGUAACAUGAUGCCUGUGGACAUUAAGGAAAUGGCAAGGACUUGCUCCCAAGACUUCACAUUUGCUCCCACUGGGCAGGAAUGUGGGCUCUUGGUGAUUCCUGAUAAGGGCAGAGCCUGGGGCCCAAUGUACGUAGCCAAAUUGAAAAAAUCAUGGACUAUAUGAAAUUGAUGGUGCGCAUUUUGUGAAAUGUUUUAAUGUAUUAUUGUAUUUAUUUUUCUGGCCUCUCUACAUGUUAACAUUUAAAUAUGGAGUCUGUUUAAAUAUUGGAUUUGUUUGUAAUCCUAUUUAGUUAAUACAGUAUUUGAGCAUCUCAGAAUUUAGGCUUGAGAAUUUUCCAGGUGUGUAUGCUUCUCAGAACUGUAUCUAUAGCAAUGAUUUAAGGUGGUGCAGAUGGUGUUCGAUCUUUGUAAUAAAUCUGCUGUCUUCUACUUGGCAUUUUGUACUAAAAUUAAUCUACAUGGUUUUAUACAUAAGAUGUUUAGAAAUACAUUCUAUUCAUGGUUUUGGUACUUUGAACCAUUAAAAAUGCACAUUUGCUGGCCCUCUUAUCAUUUUUCUCUUAUCACAUAUACAGAUUCUUUUAGAGUUUUUCCCACCUUUUAGUAAGAACUGAUUAGUAUUCUGAGACUAACUUCUUCAGUAGCACUAUUUCUAGUUCUAGCAAAAUAAGUUUUGCUAAGUUGUUUUUCGUUAAGGACCAUCUUCUGUUUACUGCAAAGGUCAGUGACUCCAUUGACACCAGCUUUAUUUCUCCACGUUUUUGUAUUCACAAAUACAAAUUGAAAGGGUAAAUUAUGUUGAAAGGCCAUUAGAGCAGCAGACUCACAUGCACAUGUUUGACUUUCUACAUUCAGCUUGUAGAAUAAUGGAGUCUAUCCAGCAGGCUAUAAAGCAAGUACUUGAAACAAAACCAGAAUGAUUAAUAACUGCAAUAACUGAACUAUAUUCGGAGAGUUUUGUUACAUAAUUGCAGUCAUAAUGAACACUAUAGAAUCUGAUUAUCUUACAGUUGCAAUCUGGAGGGGCUUUUUAUUUCACUCUGUUGUGAAAUGUUAUAUGAGCGUAUGAUGUCACAUAUUAAUGCACAAGAGGGAGAUGCCUGAUGGGAGUGGAUUAUACUGUUACCAAAACCCAAUACCAUUUACUUAGUGACUCUCCCUGUUUACGUAUAUCCUGGGAAUAUUGUGCACAUUUCUGUACCUGUACUAACAGUUUUAGCUUUAGGUUUGGAUCGUGUGUUUUCCCUAGAAAUUGCUUCACUUAGAGUCCAAAAAUAUUUUUCUAACUAUUAGGAAAAAGUAUACAGCAUACUUCAAAAGAUUAUCUCUGUUUGGAAAUUAAGCUUUUUUUUAAAAAAAAAAAUACAACUCUGUAUAAAUGCAAAAUUCU